GGGUCAGUGAGAGAGCGAAAAGGGAUUGUGUUGGCGGUUGUGGUUGACGCGGUGGAUGUGGGCUUUUCUCCUUAUUGUCGCUGGGGAAAGAGACGAGGAAGGCUGCCAAGAAGUCAGGGCUCAUUCUACUAAAGCGCUGGUAGACUUUUGGUACUGUACCUAACUUUUGAGCCUCCUCGGAGUGAUGCUCUGCGCUACUGGGUCUCGGGUAUUUACUGGAACGGCCAAUCGGGUGCACUCGUGCACAUAAAUUUACCAGCAUGCUCGCAGGAAUGUCUCAAUUAUUUGAGCAUGCUCCCUGCAGUGCCAUCGAUUCUGCACUGUACAUUGCAAUGUUGCCCGGGGUGGCUCUUGCUGUCGCCAAACCCAGCCAAUAUUAACAACCCUUCAAGACCCGUAGCUAGAAGAAUCGCAUCCAUGAUGAGCUCAACCUUCGAUCCAUCCAGAGCCCCAAACUCUACCAUCACUAGGCAAUCGCUGAUUAGGAGAAAGAACCCUCCCCCUCGACUCCCAAGCCCAGACAGAACCACUCAGAGUAUUUGCGUUCUGACACUUGCUCUUUGUGAGAGAGCUGGUAGUAGGAUGGACAGAUACUGUAUAAUGAAGACUUAAAGCUUAUGCGAUAUUCUUGGCUUGCGCUUUUUUCUCUUGCAGUAUCGUACAUUUUAUUAACCACCACUAACGCAAUGGCCCCAAGAAUACAUAACUCCAAGGAUAGUCCGCCAACUUCACUCUACACCGGUUCCAAACUCUAGAAUGGGAAACAUGCAUACGAAGCCCGCGCUUGUAUCCUACACAUAACCUUAGAGAAACCAGAGUGUGUCGGGGGGUAUCAUCCUAUUUGGGUAUAUUGCGGGUAUAGGCACACAGUAGCCGCAGUAUCAUACAUUGUGGAUUCGUGGUUUUUGAUAGGCUCGGUAUUUUCUAUGCGGGGGGAUCAUAAAAUGUCACUUGUUCCUCGACUAGAACUGACUGUUCAUG